GAUAGAAUGAAAUGAAGAGAAGAAAUCUCACUAGCAACGUCAAGAUCACAAGACAUGAGCUUCGACUGAGCAAAAAGCCGAGAUGAAGUGAAAGCUGUUGGCUAAUGGUUAGCAGCCAGAAAUUUUAUGCCGGCAUGGAGCAGAAAUUGACCCAGCUGAGAAAGCCCAAAAAAGACCGCUCAGGUAUCUCUACUUCCAAAAUGAAGGUCAAAUUACGUUCUUUUAGUGUAAAGUAUAAACAAAUGCAGUCACUGGCAGUUUCAUUAUAAAUAAUUAGCAAAAAUACUUGUUCUAGUGAGGGCCAAGUAAAACAAUAAAAAGGAGUUGAUCCCUUCCAACUCAAAACAACUUUUGCACUUGAUUGGCAAUUGGUCAAAUCAAAACUCAAAAUCUUAGGGUAUAGAUGCAUUAGCCUUGCUAAUUAAGAGCUGUUUCAGAUAUUAAAAAUGGUCUCUGCACUUUUACCCCUUUGUUUGGAUUGAGAAUAAUGGAGAGGGAAAAAAAAUUACUUUCUCCAAUUUCGUUCAUCUGGACACUAAUAGAAGAGUAACAAGAAGAGAGGAUGAAAAUAGAGAUCCAAACAAAGGGUCGCUACCGCCAAAAUGGUUGUCUGGAAUUUGGUUUAAUAUUCUCACUAGUGUUGGUUUGUGGAGUAACUAAUAUGCCAGAAGCUUGAACAAAGAAUCAAGAAAAUAUUUCCUUUUUUUUUUAUGGCCAUAGUUUUUGAUAGUAUUGAAAUUAUUUGAUAGAAAUUAACAAUUUAAUUUAAAUAUAAAAGAUGAGACUGAGUGUGCAUCAGGAGUCGAAUAAUAUCAAUCACCUCAUUUACGUGGGGCACUUUUCAAGGUAAGAGAGAGGAACCAUAAUUUUGCAAUUAUUGUCUUGCAAGGCAAUUGAUUGUUGACCCUUUCCUUCUUAAUUACUAUUGUCUUUCUAUUUGUAUUACGCUAUUAAUUCCUCUGUUUAACGUUUUCUCCAUUUUGAACCCUUCUUUCACUCUAGAAAUUCACGGUACCUUCUAUCGAAAUUGACAAAACUUUGGUCAAAGGCCUCUUAUAGCACAUACACACACAUAUAUAAAAGGAUGGUCUGUUGGUUACUUGCCAAGAUGUUCCAUACUUCAUCAUCUUCUUACUUAUUCCUGCCAUAUAUAAGUAGGAUCUUUUCCUGGUAAAUAACCUUUAACACUAAUAUAUAUACUAGUUGUUUGAUCUCUUGAUUUUUAUCAUUAUUGUACUGUGAAAAUGAGCAAGAGUGAAGAAUUUGAACUUGUUUUUCGCCACCUGGACAAAAACGGUGAUGGGAAGAUUUCACCAUCAGAACUAAGUCAUCAUCUAAGUUUGAUGGGAGGGAAACUGUUCACGAAAGAGGCAGAAAUGGUGGUUGAGUUAUUGGAUUCAGAUGGAGAUGGGUUGUUGGGAUUCGAGGAUCUUGUUAAGCUAAUGGAAGCCGGAGGAGAAGAAGACAAGUUGGAGGAUUUGAGAGAAGCUUUUGCAAUGUUUGAUGUAGAUAAUUGUGGGUUUAUCACUCCCAAGAACUUGAGAAAGAUGCUUAAAAAGCUUGGUGAGUCAAAGUCUACUGAUGAAUGCAAAAUGAUGAUAAGUCAGUUUGAUCUUGAUGGGGAUGGUGUUCUUAGCUUCGAAGAAUUUAGGGUUAUGAUGCAGUGAUGUCUUUCCACGUUGCUUUCUUAUGCUGUAACAUGUUAAUUAAUUAAUAUCCAAUGCUUAAAAUGGGUCUUUAGAAUGAUUGUUCGCAAAAUACAAUAAUCCCCCUUUUUAUGUUUUAUUACAUAACUAAAUAAAAAGGAACAAGAGUAUAUUCCAAAUUUCAUUGAAAUUCACUGAGUCUUUGCUGUUUGAUUCCUGUAAUGAAUAUAUGAUCCGAAACAAAAAAUUGUAAAUUUUUCAGUAAUUUUGUUUCAGUUGCCAGUAGAUUCUAAUUUGCAUCAAUGGCAAAGUUGCACACGUUCAGAACAACAUACUAACAGUUGAACCACCUUAUUAAAUGGAAACUGCCAUACGGCUAAACCAAUGCAGCUCCUCCAAAAUCUCUAAUUCUGUUCCUCGUUUCCUUUUGCUUGUUGUUUUUCGGGUAUAUUCUUCUUUCCCAGCUCAUCAGCCUUAAAGUUCAUGAGCUAGCUUCCUCUACUUCUUCCGAAAAACUAUGGUUACGAGACAGGCCAGCUUCUGAUGCAGUCUUAUUUAGAAAAUUCAGUUGCCAGAAGCAGUAUGGUCGGUUCUGUGACAAAUUUCCAUGACUCUGGAGAUUGCUUCUAACGAUGGCAAAGUCUAGUCCGAAUCAGAUACUGGAUGAUUUCUUCAGGGUCAAAGGAGGAGAGAUAACCAGAAUGUUCUCUUUUCCCCAUUUUUAUGCAGCUGAAGGACCUUUCAUUUCCUAUACUUUCUGUGUAAGAUUUCAGCAGAUCAUGUAGUAAUGCUUCAAGCCGACGAGGCAGCUUCAGUGGGUGUCCACCGUUAAAUUAGAAAGGUGAUUCCGAACAGGUAGAAGAGAGAGAAACUUGCUGAGCUCUCUCAAGAUCCUUUCUGGAGUGACCAAGUGGACAAUCACACAAAAUUAUUUGAGUUCCAUCAGGAUGAAUGUUGGGGUGAAGAAAUUGUUACCACUACACCCGGAAUAGAAGAUGGCAUAUUAAAGUCAAAGAAGGAAAAGGAAAUUUUAGCAUCCCCAGAGCAGAAUUAAA